UACGUUCACCCGGUGAUACAGAUGUGCUCAGAAUCGGGCAUUUUUAUCCAACAGGUGAUUUGUUUUGUUCGGUUGCUAAUGCUAAAGCUAGCUGGUUAGCGGACCACCACCUUAGCUAAACGUUGGCGCUAGCUAGUUUCAUAUAUCAACAAACAAUCGAUGCUGUCGUUUUUCGUCUCCAUGUUGAUGUGAUCAAAUGUGUAGUGUUUGAUAGACACAGGCAGAGGCCCUGAAGGCUGACAUGACAGAUUCGAAGCUGGGGGCGGCUGAGGUGUGGACGUCUCGCCAGGCCCUUCAGGACCUCUACCAGAAGAUGCUGGUGACUGACCUGGAGUACGCUCUGGACAAGAAGGUGGAACAAGACCUGUGGAAUCAUGCUUUUAAGAACCAGAUCACCACACUACAGAGCCAGGCCAAGAACCGAGCCAACCCCAACCGCAGCGAGGUCCAGGCUAACCUUUCGCUGUUUCUGGAGGCAGCAAGUGGCUUCUACACCCAGUUACUGCAGGAGCUGUGCACCGUGUUCAACGUGGAUCUGCCAUGCCGUGUCAAAUCAUCUCAGCUUGGCAUCAUCAGCAAUAAACAGAGCAGCACCAGCGCCAUCGUCACCCCGCAGCCCAGCUCCUGCUCCUAUAUCUGCCAGCACUGCCUCGUCCACCUCGGAGACAUAGCACGGUAUCGUAACCAGACCAGCCAGGCAGAGUCUUAUUACCGACACGCAGCUCAGCUGGUUCCAUCAAACGGUCAGCCAUACAACCAGCUGGCCAUCCUGGCCUCAUCUAAAGGGGACCACCUCACCACCAUCUUCUACUACUGUCGCAGCAUUGCAGUCAAGUUCCCCUUCCCAGCAGCCUCCACUAACCUGCAGAAGGCGCUGUCCAAGGCUCUGGAGAGCCGCGAUGAGGUGAAAACCAAGUGGAGCGUGUCGGAUUUCAUCAAGGCCUUCAUCAAGUUUCAUGGCCAUGUCUAUCUGAGUAAGAGUCUGGACAAGCUGGACGGUCUGAGAGAGAAGCUCGAGGAGCAGUUUCAGAGGCUCAUCCUGCAGAAAGCCUUCAGCUCUCAGCAGCUGGUCCACAUCACCGUUAUCAACCUGUUUGAGCUCCACCACCUCAGAGACCUGACAGCUGAUGGCAGUGAGCAGAGCUACAGCAGCGAGCAGCAGAUCAGCUGGUUCCAGCUGCUCGGCCUCUUCAUGUCAUUCUUGGGCGUCAUGUGCAGCCGUGUUUUGCUCAAUAAGAACCAUGGGGAGGAGAUCAUGGGGGAGUGUCCACUGCCGGCCAUCAAAGUGUCUCUGGACUGGCUCCGACUGAGACCCAGUGUCUUUCACGAGGCCGCUGUUGAACAGAGGCAGUAUAUUUGGCCCUGGCUCGUCUCCAUCCUCAACAGUUUCCAGCCCAAAGAGGAUGACGUGUCCUGUUCCUCAGUAACACCCCUGCCAGAGGAGUUUGAGCUCCAGGGUUUCCUGGCUCUCCGGCCCGCUCUGAGGUCUCUGGACUUCACUAAAGGUCAUCAGGGGAUCCUGGUGGACCGAGACGGUCUGCCUCUCCACGCUCGACACCAGAGACUCGCCGUCCUGGGUAAAUGGGUGGCUGACAACCAGCCAGGGCUGAUCCAGUGCAGAGUGAGCGAGGAUGGCCUCCUCGUCUUCAUCACUGACAUUCCUGAGCAGGCCAUCGAGGAGCCACAGGGGAAGGAGGCGCCAGUGCUGCAGGAGUCCUCCAAUGGGGAACAGACACCCAACGAUGGCAGCAACUCAGGCCUUAAGUCGGUGCUGUCUGUGGGGAAGACACAGAGCUCGUGGCCCGACGGCAGCGACCGGCCCGUUGUCACCUUCAAGGAGAACAUCAAACCCCGGGAGCAGAACCGCGAACCGACAUGGAACCAUCUUCAGAAGGAAGGCAAGGAGCGCAGAGAUUUUACCAAAGGCAAUGGGGCUGCUGGGAAAGGAGAGCUGAAGAGGGACGGGAAGAGGAAGAGUGAGCCAAAGAAAAGUGCGCAUGAGAAAUCUCCUGAUGCAGGAAAGCAGGUCAAGGCACAGACGGAGCUGAGGAAGACUCCUGUGUCUGAGGCAAAGAAGACUCCUGUCACUCAAACUCAAACCACCUGCUCCUCCCAGUUCAUCCCCAUCCAUCAUCCUGGAGCCUUCCCCCCACUGCCCAGCAGAGCUGGUUUCACUCCCUCUGCCUAUGUGAUCCCUCCUCCUGUGGCGUUUCCUGGGCUCCAGGUGAAUCCGGGCUUCACCUUCUCCACCGGAGUAUCAGUUCCCGGGCCUUUCCUUCAGUCGGCUGUCCACACCCAGGCUGGCACGCAGGUCCAGACUGGUAAGCAGUCCCACAUUCCCUACAGUCAGCAGAGGCCCUCUGGUCCCGGUCCAGGUCAGGGACCAGGGUCGUCUGGCCAGGGCCCCUCCCAGGGCCAGCAGCCCCAGUCCCUGCAGCAGUCGGUCCAACUUCAGGUGCAGGCAAUGAGUCAACAGCAGCAGUCUCCCACUAAGCCGGUCCAGCAGGUCGGGAUGGGGAAGAGUCCUCCUCACCACCCGGGGAUGCAGCAGCAGUUUGUGCAGGUCCAGGAUCAGCCAUCUCAGAUGUGGAGCCAGGCACAGGCAGCCCUGCAGAAGAUGGCCCCCCUGCAGCUGUCCAUGAAGCAGCCUCAGCAGCAGCAGCAGACCUUCUACAUGGCAGCUCAGGAGCCUCUCAAACUGUAUGAGCACCAGCUGCAGCCGCCUUCCCAGCCACAGCUCUCCACCAUGGACAAGAAGAUCAAGUACCCUGAUGUCAAGGUGCAGGACUUCUACUGGGAGCCCUCGUACAGGAUGGGGGACGGUCUGGCUGUGAUGGCAGACAGGAUGAAGAGGCCUCCACCGGGCAGUAUCUGCUCAGAGCAGGAUGCCUCUGCUGGGCCCCGGGGACCCCCAUUUGAGGACAACAAGAGCUCGCCUCUUCUACCUCCUGACCUGUUAAAAACUCUAGCAGAUUUUGAGGAGGAGGAGGAGCUCGUCUUUACUAAGCCUUCUGAUUUCUUCCAGGCCUUGACUGGCACUCUUAGCGCUGCUCCUGGACCAAACAUAUUUCUGCCCAACCAGACCAGAAUGGAGAGCGGCCCCGAGGUUGUCAGCCCGUCGUCUUCUCUCCUGCCCAUAUCUGGCUUCCCCAUGCAGGAGUACAACCAGAACAGCAUCUUCAGUCAGGCCUACGGCAGGAACCUGGCGCCCAGCUCCAAGCCCGACACUCCCAUUCUGCACCAGGAGCCCUCCCUCUACUCCCUUUUCGAAGGGACUCCUUGGUCCCCCUCCCUCCCUGCCAGCUCGGACCACUCCACCCCAGCCAGCCAGUCCCCUCACUCCUCCAACCCCAGCAGCCUGCCGUCCUCCCCCCCUACACACAGCCAUGGAGCCAUGCCCUUCUCCAACUUCGGGCCCAUUGGUACUCCGGACAGCCGGGACCGCAGGGUGGUGGACCGGUGGAAGGCUGACAAGCCUGGUGAGGGGAUGCGGGUCACAUGGACAUCUCAGAUACAUCUUAACAGACUGAGUAGAAACAAAAGAGUGGUGAGCGGGUUCGGUCUGGACUACCUGCCAGCAGCUGCCUCCUCUGCAGCGUCUGACACCAGCUGGCACCAGAGCGGACCGACCGGCUGCUCCUGGACCAAUCAGGAGUCUCCAAUGGAGGAGUCGUCGUCCACCGUGCUGCUCGACAGCUUCAAGUCCAUCUGGUCGAGCUCCAUGAUGCAGCCCGGCCCGUCUGCACUGGAGCAGCUCCUCCUGCAGCAGAAGCAGAAGCAGCAGCGAGGUCAUGGCACCAUGAACCCGCCUCACUGAACGGCAACCUGAGGCGGCGCUUUGUGUCCGGACGUCAGAACAACCACCACCAGGAGAAAUGGGAGGAAAAAAACAGAAGUUUGACGAAAACCAGCUCCAACUAAAAUGGAAAAUUACACCGGCGAGAAACGGUGGAGGCUGGGGAGGCGACGCGACCCCCCUCCGACGAGGCUGAAGCACCACCCCCACCCCCUCGGCUGUCGAGGAGCGGUGCAGAUCCUCAUGGAUCAGAGGGCGCGGGAUCUCUUCAAGCUGUGGUGACACACGCCACACCACUGCUGGGUUUCUUUAACCAGCGGACAUCUGAACACUGAGGAACAGUCCCCCCCCCCCACCACCACUGCCCCCCAUGCUUGGACUGAUGCCACAUCUCCACCUCUCAUCUGGAAGAUAAAAAAAUAGGUAAAGCACCCUCCACCCUGGACGUCUGCUCGGUGCUGUCGGAGCGCCUGUUUUUAGCGUCUCCACCACCGCAGACUGAAGUGGGGCUGUUGGGAGAGCGAGGACGGUGUGGUGGUCAGGUUCGGGGUAAGUCAGGUGAAGCACCGGGGGUCUAAAUAACAGACUGGACUUUCUGAUCUCUCCAUUUAUUUUCAUUACUGAGGAGGAGGAGGAGGAAGAGGAAGGCUGUCUGUAGCUGAUUGGUUGAAUGAAGGAAGGACGACGUUUGGCUUGCAGCUAUAUAAAUAUAUAAAUAUAUAUUGCCAUAGUUGGACUUUAAACUCACCGUGUCUCUUAGCCGUGCUGUGAGGAUCAGGACUGGAUGUGCUUUGUGAAGGCAGGUGUGCAACAUCACCUGGACUGACGCUCGCUGUCGUCCGACCUUUUGAAGGCGGAGCCUGGCGACCUGAUGCUAAGAUGACCAUGUGAUGCCAGUAAACAUCACAGGAAGGGAUGGAGUGGGUGGGAGGGGGCUAAGAGCCGAACAUCCUGUCAAACGUAGGGGUAGUAUGAUUGUUAGCUUCAAGAGAUAUUAACAAAACCUGUAUUUUGUGGUUUGUUUGUAGCCGUUUUAGCUUCUCGCCAUCUGAGGCGAACGCCUAUGUGUAUUAGCUUCCUGCUUGAAUAUUUUGGGGUUCUCUUCCUCUUCUUUCUUUAAUUCAUGAAGAAAAACAAAAGAUGGAACCCUGCUUGCUGACUUAACCUGCAUUUACUGUUUGUUUCUGUUCAUGUUAUGCCUUCUUGGCUUUAAGCGGCUGCCCCUGCUCGCCGUCCUCUUAAUUCUGCCUGCUAUAAAGGUGAGCUUGAGGCACAGACACACAGGUACAUGGGUUCCACUGACUGGUCUUCAGUAGCCACUACUGCACUGCAGCUCCACCCUGUACACCGUGUCCGCAGGCCCUGCUGCUUUUAUUUAGCCCUUUUCAACGAACGGUCCCGGGACCUACAGAGCCACUGGAGCCAAGUGAAGCAAAGAUGAGGCACAACAUCAACACAGUCCAUGUGAUGUGAUUUUUUUGAUUAGCCAUUAAUGUUCCUGCUAUUCAUUAAACAGCAGUUACCUCUGUAAAGUAUCAGAAAAGUGACGUCUUCACAAUGUUUUUGUUUGACCAGUGGUUCACAACCCGGAGAUGCUGAGUGUACUGUCACGGCAGAGCCGUGAAAACCCGCAGCCUGUGAAUCUGUUAACGGCAUCAGUGAUCUGAUUUUAUAUCACUUGACAAGUAGAUAAUCAACUUGCAGCUCUGAUCGUUUUGUCUGUAGAAUGUCAAAAAAUAAUUUUAAAAAUUCCUUAAGCAGGAGCCAUUGAAUGUUUGGAAAACUGAAGCAAUUCAUGGAUGAUCAAAAUAAAAAGAUU